GAGGAUGAAGGGUGGAGGAGGGCGGUGGGGUAGAUUUUUUUAAACGAGGGGUUCCUUCACACCUAUCUGUCUGACCACGGGAGGGAAGGAAAGAGGAGGAACAAAAGGUUGAGGAGGAGGAGGAAGAGGAGGAGGGAUGAAGAGGAAAAAAAGAUUGAAAUAAGAGUGGUGGGGGGGGCGGAUGGAGGGCCAGUUCAUCUACACCCUUUCCUGGAAGGGAGGAGUAAAAAAGACUGCAGCUUUGCAGUGGACUUCUAUGUGUGAUUGUAUAUGUGUGUUGGAUGCACACAUGUAUCAUUAGGCAUCAUUAACCACAAAUUAUACAGAGAGAGAGAAAGACAGAUGCUGCUGUUGGCACAUUAUUUUGCUCCAGUCUCCCCCCUGCAAUCUGCAGCCCCGGGAAAGAAGGAGAGGAGAGGGGGAGGAGGAGGAGGGGGAGAGUGAGGGAGAGUUAAUCUAAUACAUGUGUAGUGUGAUUAAAGGAAGAGCUUCAUCGCUGUUGACAUUUCAGAUGAAUGUGAGGCUCAGUGAGAGGAUAUUAAACACAGUGAAACCGCACUGAGAAAAGAGGCAGAGGACGAGGGAGGAGAAAGGGUUAAAGUCCAAAUCUAUCAAAGGCAGAUCUCUCUCUCUCUCUCUCUCUCUCUCUCUCUCUCUCUCUCUCUCUCUCUCUCUCUCUCUCCCCCCCCCACCUCUCUCGACCACUCGGUUGCUCGCUGCCUCUCUCACCACCUGUUAGUGCAGACCCCUCAUGCACUGACAUCCACUUGUUUGUGUAGGAAUCUCCUCCACUCACAAUCAGAGACUCUAUGACGGUGCGGAGAGGAAAGAAGCUCAGCAUCUCCAUCCAGGAACACAUGGCCAUUGACGUCUGCCCCGGCCCCAUCAGACCCAUCCGACAGAUCUCCGCCUACUUCCCCCGCCUGUCCCCCACCUCCCCCACCCCCAUCUCCCCGAACCCGGCCGUGUCCCCGGUCCCGACCUCCUCCCCUCUGGCCCUCAGCCCCGGCUCCGUGGCCUCCUCUGGGAUGGGCGGGGCUCACCUCCUGUCCCCCCUGCUGGCCCACGGCAGGCCGGGCGGCGGCGGCGGCUCGUUGUCUCUGACGAGCAGCGUGGACACGUCAGUGGAGAUCAACAGCUCCGACAGUGACGACUGCACUGCUCUGGGAACGCUGGAGUUCGAGCUGAGGUACGAGCAGAGCUCCAGCGAGCUGCACUGCACCGUGCUGCAGAGCCAAGGUGAGGACCAACACGGUCUGAAGCCCAUGGACUUUAACGGUUUAGCCGACCCGUAUGUCAAACUGCACCUGCUGCCUGGAGCCUGUAAGGCCAACAAGCUGAAGACGAAGACGAUCCGUAACUCUCUGAAUCCAGUCUGGAAUGAGACUCUCACCUACGUCGGGAUCACAGAGGAAGACAUGCACAGGAAGACGCUCAGGUUGUCAGUGUGUGACGAGGAUAAGCUGACUCAUAAUGAGUUAAUCGGAGAAUCCCGUGUUCCUCUGAAACGUGUGAAACCAGACCAGACCAAACACUUCCACACCUGCCUGGAGCAUCCUCCUCCGCUGCCCUCUCCCACCGCCAUGGGUGAAGCUCUUCGAGGAAUAUCCUGCUACUUGAGAGAGUGGGAGAACGAGCAGCUGCACACCCUGGAGGAGAGAGGUCGUCUUCUUCUCUCCCUGCAGUUUUUGCCUCCGCUCGGUCUAGAGGAUCCAGGUGUCGAGGGCGGAGGAGGAGGAGCAGGAGGAGGAAGUGAAGGCCGUCGCAGUGGGGGACUCUGCGUGGGUGUGAAGCGCUGCGCCCACCUGGCAGCCAUGGACGUCAACGGGUUCUCCGACCCCUACGUCAAAAUCCCUGACAUACAGAAGAAAUCCAAGCACAAAACAGCGGUGAUGAAAAAAACCCUCAACCCUGAAUUCAACGAGGAGUUCUUCUAUGAGAUCUCUCUGUCGGAGCUGGCCAACAAGACGCUGGAGGUGACGGUGUGGGACUACGACCUGGGACGCUCCAACGACUUCAUAGGUGGCGUCUGUCUGAGCUGUCACUCCCAGGGCGACGCCCUCCGUCACUGGACGGACUGCCUGAAGAACAAGGGCCGCAGGGUGGAGAGGUGGCACAUCCUGACCAAUGAGCUGCCACGAACCCUUGGCCACGACUAACCCCGCCCCCCACCUGCAGCAGCAGCAUCCUCCACGCACGCAGACCGUCGCCGUCAGGUCAGGGAUCACACGGUUCCUCUGGUUUCUUUACGGGACUCGAGCAACUUCACCACAGGAAGCAGCAGGAAGCGAGAGGAGAGUGUUUGAGAGCGGAGCAGGAUGGUGGUGUGCCUUCGUUAUUCAACAAUGAAUCAUCCAGAACAGGAAGUUUGUUGGCUCCAUCAACACUGUCACACCUGCACCACACACACACACACACACACAGGAGGGUUAGACUGAUACACUCGACUUAUGAAGGGUGGAACUCACAAAACAGAAACAGAAAUCACCUCUGGCUCGAAUUAAACUGCAUGCCUUUUUUUCUACAACAGCCUUGUAUAUUUUAUAUUUCUGGUGUCAUGACAGCGCCCCCUGUCUGUGCAUACUCCACUCAGACAACCAACUCCCAGUUUGUGCCUCUCAUGUCACAACGCUGAACAUCUGUUUGGAGAGUCCACGUAGAAAAGCCCAGCAGCAGCAGUAAGUGUGGUUUAAUAGGAGCUGUUCUGAGUCUUUAACCAUCUGGAUGAAUGAUGAUGAUGAACAAGAUGAAGAUGUAGCUGGAAAUGACUUGUUUCUUUGAGCCUAAAUUAAAGGCCCAGUGUGGAGGAUUUAGUGACAUCUAGUGGUGAGGUUGGAGAAUGCACCCGACUGAACACCACCCCUCCCUUUCCUUCAGUUAACACAAAACUCGCUCUGGGCUACUGUAGAAACAUGGUGGACUCUGUGGGAGAGGACCAGUAGAUCCCCUAAAUCCUACACACUGGUCCUUUAAUAUCUGUUUAUACUGAUGUUAGCUUAGAUUUUCAUAUAAAUAAGCAUGAUCGUCUUUUUGUGUUUGUGUUAUUUCCUGGGUGAGAUAUUUAGUCACAACAUGGGUUAGCACAGCUGUAAGUGUUUAUGAAACCCUCCAGGUUUAAGAUCGCUGGAUAAAAUGAUCAUCAUCAGAAUACAUGAGGAGCACAAACUGGGCCUGAUGCCUUUACAGUCAAUCAGAUCAUUUUACUUUAAAUGUGUUUGCAUGAAGCAGUCACGUCACCAGUAACUAACACAACAGACUCACAUCAGCUGACUAAUGUCUCAUACUGGCAUCACCAUAAGUAAGUGCAGUAUUGCCAAAGCAUGAUGUACAAAGUUUACAUGUGAGUGCGAUAUUUCAGAAUGUAAGAUAAACUACAUUUUCUUUUUGGACUUUACUCUAAGCAUGGACAUGUGUUGUGUUGCACCAUGGGAAAAGUGCACUGCUAACGUCAAACAUUAAGGCUACACCGGUCUGUCCAGUCAGAGGCUGCAAAGAACUGGGGACUGUUUACAAAGGUUUAAACUGCGGUUAAACUGAAGGUAAAAUAAAACUGCAUGGUGUAGCACAGCUCUGGAAGGUCAGCAGUGUCUGAGCCUGACCUGUGUCUGACCAAUGACACAAAAAGAGAUUGAAAAAGAAAAAAGAAAAAAAAAGAUUGGUGCAGGUUCACUUCACCUCAGCAGGCAGAUUUCAACCUGUGGGGAAGAAGAAGUGGAACAAACCACAGCCUGACAUAUUAUCAUCCUGUAAACUUCUAACAGCAGCAGUCACACAGCUGCAUGAUCGUUCAUAUGAAGUGGUGUUUGUGUCUGAUGAAUCUAAGUCCAGUAUUCAUUCUCUCUUAGCUCUGGUUUUGGUCUCCACCAACAGAGUUCCACCCUCCAUAUGCACCUGGCUUUGUUACACUGAUCAGGUGGAGGUUCCUUCAUGAUUACAGCUACAAAGAAAGGGAAAGCUGCUGAGAUGUGUAAUGUGUUUUAUUCCUGUAAAUGUUUAAUCUUGUUUUUUGUAAAGUGAGUAUUUAACGAGCCCGGCGUGUUCCGGGGUUUGACCUGUUUGAACAGGUGUAGGAUCAGCAGGUCGUCACAGGUGCUAACAGUGAGAGAAUCUCACCAGUGAAGACGUUUAAUGUUCAUGUAUUUCAAAUGUUUCACGAGCUGCUCCAUGUUAACCAUAAACUGUAACUUCACCGAGAUACUGUUCGCUAAGCCCCGCCCCCUUAGUUACUGUUGCUAUGAGCGUCAGUCUGUACAUUCUAGAAUGUUACAUCCACAGGUAACAGCUGACAGAUUUACCAUCGACACUCAGUCAUUUUUCAAACAGUGGGCUCCUGAUUUCAGACAGAAGCAGCUUCUCAUCUUCAGUCAACGACUGAAAUGACAUUAAUGAGUUCGUUAGAAGUGUCAUUUUCAAGAGGUUCUCAAAUGUUCACCUGAGGGCUAGGACAUGUUCACGCUAACAGACUGAGGCUAAAGUUAAGGUCCCGGGUAAAAAGGGUAAAGAUAUGUGUUUCCAACCUUGUAGGAUGAGUACUAAACAAUUUGGUUUUUAGUUUAGUGAACGUAACUCUGUCUCAGGUAACGUUAGCUACACUUAUCACUACACUAUUGAAUUUAAGCUAAUGCUAGCUUAAACUCUGACAGCGUCCAGGACUAGCUUCAACACAAUGACUGUGCUAGGCAUGAAGCCUAUUAUGACAUGGUCUUAUCUUUAAAUCCACAAAGUAAUGUAGGCAGUCAUGCUCCUACACCUUGGAAGUAAACAUCAGUCAUUGAUGUAGGUAACAGGCUAGUUAGCCAGACAUGCUAACAUUUCCUUAGUUAAACCCACUGUUAAAUAAUAUUUAAACUAAUCUUGUGUUUUUUUAUUUUGGAAAGGCUAAAAAGGACACCACCUUCCACACCCUGUAAAGUAUCUUACAGAUGAACAUGUCAACAAACCCAAGCUUGGACAAUCACAGCUGGAGGGAGGGCUUUAAUGAACAGUCAUGUGAGGGUAAGAAAAGUUAUUAAACAUCUACAGGAAAUAUGAACUUUCACAUCAGUCAAACCCUGAUUCCUUCAUAUGAUUUCUGUGCUCACUGCCAUGCGUCACAUUUCUAUUGCACUCCUCAAUGAGACUGUGAAAAAACAAACUGCAUCCUAUUGUUGCCAUGACCGAUGAUGAUGAUGAUUAUAUAUCAAUACAAGUGGUUCUUCCUUGUUGUUGCAUGAUGCAAUCUGUUGAUAUACUUCUUUAUAUCUCUAUACUCCCCCUGCCUGUUUUCUAAUUCAAAGUGUUGAAGUGCGACGAUGAUGAAACAUUCAGGUACGGCUCAUGUUGAAGAUUCUUCUGUUUACAGUGUUAUUGUUCUUUUAUGCACGACUGAAUGUAUGAAUGUGGCUUUCUAUACGAUAUUGUUGAACUGUUGUUUACACUGAUCUCGUGCUUUACAGUUACAUUUCUAUCAGGUGUUUUAUGUACGAUGCAACAGUAAAUUUGGAAUGCAACAAACAA